AUGGAAGUAGCAAUCGAAGAGUAAAAAGAGCAGCUGCCAAAAAAAAUUUGAACUUUUCUUCAUCAUGCAAACACCAGUCUAGAGAAGCUCACAAAGCGUUGAAAUUCACGCUAUAUUUUGCUUUAAGCUCUGAGACAGCUGUCAUGGGUAAUUUUUAUUAGUUUUUUCAAUUUUUUUCACAAUACUUUUGUAAUAAGAUAAGUUGAAAUGGGCGUAGAAAGUGACGUUAUAUGUAUUUACACAAUCAAAGGCACGAGUAAACUUUUAUGGACGGUUUUAUUGCUCGAAUUCAGUGUAACUUCCAGUAUUCCUGUAUUAAUGUGUUUCUUUGAUUAUGAAUCCUUCUAUUUUUGAUGAUCAUUGAACUAUUGUUUGAUGAUAGGGUGGAAAUUAAACAUAGGGCUUUUCAAAAGUUUUUGAAAAAGUUUGCCUUUUCUCUCUUUUCCCUCUUUUUCCUCUUUGAUAAUUCGAUUUUUGGCAGAUAACUCUACUCAGCAGUUUAUGCUGGGGAUCGAGUUUCAGGGCGAUCAUCUACAAUGCAGCUCAGCAUGGUAAUCUGAAACGGAUAGAGGUUUUCUAAAGUCUCUGAUAUAAAAAAAAUUUUGGUAGGUGUUUUUGCAAUGCAAUCGAUCAACUGAUUGGAUUGAAAGCUGCCUGAACAGUUCGGAGAACGACAAAAUCCCUCUGGUUGUGGCUGCACGACACGGCUUCGUAGAUGUUGUACGCUAUUUGGUAAUUUUGUCAUCAUAACAGCAUCUUUAAAAAUUUCUUUUGAGCUUUCUAAAGGAGCGAAUCCAUCUGUCACUGGGGUAGUCUCGUUCGACGGCGAGCACAUUUGUGAUUAUUUAUUGAACUUUUACUUUUUAAACAGAAUUUCUUGGUUAUGAAAGGCGUUUCAGAUGGUACCCCACCUUUAUGGGCCGCAGCAGCUGCCGGACACUUCGAGGUUAAAUUUUUUGAUUUAGAAAAGGCUGAAAGUUGUCUUUUAGGUCGUGAAAGUUCUUGUGGAAGAAGCGAACGCUUGUGUAAAUCAGCCUACUAGCACUCACAGCACAGCGCUCCGUGGAGCUUGUUAUGACGGUCAUCUCGAAAUCGGUAGGGCUCAAUUUAUCUAAAUUUAAAUGGUGAAAUUUAAUUGUAACUAUCGUUCUCCUUAUUUUUCUUAUUGUUCAAAAUUUUCAAACGUGUUCCAGUGAGAUAUCUUGCCGACCACGGAGCCGAUCUAAAUGUUCCAAAUCGUCAUGGACAUACUUCUCUUAUGAUUGCGGCAUUCCGGAACAAAGUAGUGUCUCAUACACUCAUUAUGAAACAAAUUAAAUGAUCAUCGAUCGGCUUGGUUGCAGAUUGAAGUCGUCAAGUUUCUCAUUUCACGGGGCGUCGAUGUUUCUGUUCAAACAUCAAAAGGUUUUCGAAUGUUCUUGUAUUCCAAAGUCUUUUCUGUUUUUGAUGCAAAUUCUGACUUUGAAGGGAAUUCCGCCCUGCACGACGCUGCUGAAGGCGGCAACGUUGAGAUUGUUAAAGUGCUCCUGGAGGCCGGCGCAGAGCUUCUGCCUGACGAAAACGGUCUUUGUCCAUUGAUCUCUAGCGCGAUGUGCGGCAACAGCGAGGUAAAGUCGACACGAAAAACAACGAAAAAAUAUGAGGUUCAGGUGGUGGAGAUCCUUCUCGGACAUACUACGGAUAAGCUGAAGAAACGCGACGCCCUCAAACUUCUCGGCUGCACGAUGGUCGACAAAAAGAUGGAUGUGAACAACGGCCUUCACUACUGGAAAAGAGCUGUCGAAGUGCCUUUGAGCUCCGAAGACCUCAGAGUUGUUAGUUCCUCACCAAUUUCACUAUUCUUUUCGGUUUGCAAACUUUUUAUUAUGUUGUGAACAAAGUACUUUGAGGUACUCGAAUAUUUCGUCAGGGAGGAAAAAAAUAGUUAAAUUUUUGGAGAGUCACAAGUCAUGUUUGCUAGAAACAGAAAUUUUACUGGAAACAUAUUAAAAAUCGCUUUUGAGUUUCUUGGAAAUUCCCAAAAACUGAAGCAAAGUAAGUUUUAUAAUUUUAGAACGGUCAAUGAAAAACAUGUCCAGACAAAAAGUCACUAGGAAACGUUUCAAUUCGAAAAAUUUGAGUUAUUUUAUUUUUUUCAAAAUAUGGGGCGUCUUUCUUUUCAUACUCCAGUUCAAAAAUCAUUUUCCUAAGAUGAAAAAGCAGAUUUUUUUCUGUAAAGUUGUAGAUCUAAAUUUCUUUCUGGAACUUUUUUUAAAAAAUUAAUUUACAGAAUCUUUCGUAGUGGUUUUUUUCACGAGCUCAAAUUUGUCAUGUGUCUAAUUUUUCUUUGUUUUGUACAGAUUCACGAACAAGAAGUUCUUUACGAGCCGAAUCCCGUGUACGACAGCUACCGAGAAGUCAACUUUCUACAUGAAAUUGUAGAUAUUGAGAACAAUCUGGACAGCAUACGCAUGCAGGUUCACACUUUCCAAAUAUCUUCAGUCUUUUUUUGAACUAUUUUUUUGAAUCAUCUAAAUAACUCAGGGAUAAACCAAGUAUAGUUUAGAAGGUUUUUCUUUCAAUUUUGAGUGAAAGACGUUCAGGUGAGUCUUGUCAGUUUCAAUAGUUUUUUAGACUUCUGGGAAAUAAGGCUAAGUUUUCUUUGUGUGAUUAUAAAAAUCCUUAAUCCCUUGUUGGAUGGAGACUGUCGGGAAGGGCAAUCAAAGAACGCCUUGUUAAGAUUCCAAGAGGUCUUCUUUUUCCUUGCGGCCGACCUUCCAAUGUCUGCACCGUUUGCGUUAAUAAGUCGGUGGGCGCGAAAUUGUGCGGAAGCGUACAUGAGAGACACUUAAUUGACAGUCGGGCGCGUUUGAUGGUAUUCUUAGGGACGCACAGGACGUCCCCGGCCAAGUGUUUUCCGCUUUUUUUUUGUUCGGAAACGCUUAUUAUUGGGAAUUAUUGCCCCCGAUCGUCAUUAGGGAUUGCAAGGAUUCGAUGAGGAGAAUCAGACGGAAUAUAAGUUAUUUUUUUUAUCGUUGUUUAAGAGAUUCUAUUCCAACACUUUUUUUAAUUUCACAAUAAUUUUUCGAACUUUUUUUAUAAACGGUAUUUUGAGAUAGUUUAAAAAAAUUUUUUUCAAUGUUGUGAUUAAAAAAAGAAAUUUUUCAGAAAAAAAGACGUAAUUAAUAAAUAAUUGUUUUUAACAUUUCCUUUUUGUGUAAUCUGCUCAUCGCUAUUUCAUGGUUUCCAAGAAAUAGAGUUGUUUUGAAAAAAAGUUUUCGUUUCUAAAUAUCUCUUGAAGGCAAAGUUUCCCAUUCUUCUAAACAGCAACUAUUCCCUGAACGAUUUUUUUUGUGAGCCUCAAAGGCGGCGGUACAAUCCAAACGUGGCGAUUUACUGCCGCCGCGCACGUUUCCGGUGAUGAAGCUCACACGCGAUAUCGUCCAUUUACAAUUCUAGGGUGUUGCUCACACUCACGUGUCUACACAGACACUGGUUAAGAUUCGUUUGCGUCGCCGCGUCGUUUUCCUCGUCUAUUAUGCGCGACAAUAGUGGCUACGCGAGGAUUUAUGGCAGAAUUGCGGCGCCUUCAUUCAAGUGUUUGGGUGGUGCCCCAGGAACUGUUCGAGGACCGUUUGAGUUUACUUUUAUUGUGUGCCGAUCCCAGUUUGUGCUGUUGUUUUUUCACCUUUCUAAUGAAUUUCGAACAAAAGGGCUACAUGAUGAUUCAAAGGUUUUCACUCUGUACUGAAAAUUUCGAACAAAAAUUAGUUCAUUAUCACCCUCCGAGUUUUCAGAGGGGUGGAGAGCCAAUGAAUAAAUUUCAAGACAAUAGCUAGGUUGCUUACACUACGGAAGACGAAACUUUUUUUUUCAAAAUUGUAUUCUGUGAGACCAGCUCGAGAUGCCUUUUUUUUGUUUUGUCUGUCAUUUUCAACUAGAAAACAUAUGAGAAACCAAAAAAAGUUGUUAAGAGUUUGAUCGCACAAUCUUAGUGUCAGAGAAUUGGUAAGACGCCAGCUUCCAGAAACCUUAACGCUUGCUUUGAGCAUUUUCACGGACCAAGAAGUCAGCCCUAUUAUGAAAUUAGCCUAUCUCUAUUAAUUUGCGCAAACACCUGAAGAUUCUUCAACAUUAGUGGCGCUACUAAACGUUUACUUUCAAAAAGACACAUUUCAUAAGUUGCUAAGGUUGCAGGACAGGGCUUAUCAUGUACCGGACUUGAAAAAAAUAUCGCCAAAAACAGUUCACGCAUCUAGACUUUGGCCAAACUUCUGAAAAUCCUCAAUUUCACACUAAAAUUACAUGCUUUGCAAGUUCGGUUUUCAACCUUUAUGGUAGCGAAGAUUUGGUCAGAUUUAGAGGGAUUUGAACCAGAAACCUUGUUGGCUGUAACUAUGGGCCUUUGCAGCUGAAUUACUCUUCCACCGGAGCAGGCAAUGUCCCAAAAUAAGGGCGAAUGUUUGCAUGUAAUUGACUGUGGAGCGCAACCGACCGAAUGGCGCAAGCUCUGCUACCGGUAAUAUGAGUAAAUGAUCGCGUGACGCACCUGCACCAUUUUCUCAAGUGUUGUUUUCGACCGGCUUAACUAUUCGGUCUAGUUAUUCGGAAGUCGUUUCAUAUUCAUUGGUGAAUCAGUGCGAAUUUCAGUCUCUGCUGAUUCGUGAACGGAUUUUGGGCGGUAGUCAUCCGGAUGUACAUUAUUACUUGCGCUUUCGCGGGGCCGUCUACUGCGACCUUGGAAGGAAGGACAGGUAUCGUUUUUAUUUUUCAAAAAUUUUUAGAGCAAAGACGGAGUUUAAAUUCCCAUUGAAGUCGAAUAUAGACUUGUAAAACUGCAGCAUUGCCAAAUUUCAUCCCUCUGCUUUUUUCCCUUUCUCAUUUAUGUUGGAGAAAAAAAAUUUAACGAAAAGUUAUAACUAACAGAAGACACAAUCGCUAUCUAUCCUAGUAAAAUUCAACUCAGAAAAAGUUUCGAAAUUUUUCUCCAGCUAGAGAAAUCUUAUUUGAAAAAUAAAACAGUAAAACUAAAGUCCUUGGAUGACUUAUGCCAUAAAUAUUUCGUUUACAUACCUACGAGAAUCAAGUUUUAUAAGUGAAGUAUUUUUUUAUUUUGGUUUAAAUAAUCUGUGAUGGUUUUUUUGAGAACUUUCCUAAUUUUAUAUGAAAAAAGCCAUCAAGUUGUUAGAAAUUUGCAGAUGUUAUGUCCUGUGGAAGCACGCUUUGGACCUGCAGCAGCAGUACUUCUCUCCCCUACACAUUGCGACGGUUUCGACGCUGCAGUCGUUCCAGGAGACUUUCGCCCAGUCUCUCAACGACCACGUCAUCCACAUGGACGUCGACCGACCUCUGAGAUUCAACGUCUCGCUCGUCGAGUACGUCUUCAACCAGCUGUGUCACGAACUCGAGCGUGUAGGACUUUUCGUCUGUUUCUUCCGGCUGAGAGACCUCUCAUGGGUGUGGAAAAACUGCAAGUCGCGUAAUUGCAGUUGGUCGAGUGGGGCGACAAACCGCUGGUCGAGGAUUGCUGCAACGAAGACCACACGACCGACGUCGAUGGCGAGAAACGAAAAUUGGUGCUCAUCGGAUUGCAACUCAUGCUCUUGGUACGCCUCAUUACCUCCGGGGAGCAAGUUGCGAGUAUUUUCUUCAGGUCGAUCGACUGUCUCUGCCUACGGCCAACAUGAUUGAGGAGGUCCAGGACGAAAAGGAGCUCGACCUCGAUGUUUGUUUUUUUUUCUUUUAUUUUUCACAGAGAAUUUUUUCUCAUACUGUCAAACGGGACUUUAGGUGAAUCGCUUUGUUUUGGCGUCCAAAAGAUUGAAGAUUCCCAUUUUGCAUUUGGCCCUCGAAGAGUCGGAUCGACAAGAAAGCCAACGGUACCUUUUUUCAUUCAGAAACGUCGGCAAAACAUGUUUUUUAUUCCAAGUUUCUUUAUCUUCUAUAUAUUUUGAUACUCAAAAAAACUUUUUUCUUAUUUCUGGUUUCCUUCGACUCCAGUUGUUGAACGCCUUCUUCGCGAAAAUGUCGACGUCAACGAAAUGGACGAGAGGAAAAACUCGCCGAUCCAUGUGCUGCUUGAUAAUGAGCAAACGCGGUCAGCCAGUGAAAAAAGUAGACUUUUGAAAAUGUACUUUCUUCAGCAUGAGUCUGAUAAAAGUUCUCUUGGAUCACGGAUCUUACUUGUUCGCUCGGAACAAGGAAGGAAAAAGAGUCAUCGACUCGAUCCGUCGAAUCAACUCCUCCCAUAACGAGCGUAUACCUCUAGGUAUGCAAAAAAAAAGAAAAAAGAAAUUUGGAUUUCACUGUUGGUUUGCAGCGAAAUACGUUACUCUGAAAGGGCUGGCGGCGAGUGUGGUCCGCAGCAAAGUAGACCACGAGGCGGCGUUGAACCUCGUUCCUAUAGAUCUCAGAACCUUUCUCGAAAUGCAUUAG